AUGAUUCUACAAGUAGCACUACUCCUCGCUGGGCUGUCUGUUGCAAGAGGAAGCAUAUGUUGUCCACCCAAGCAAUUUAACGCAUUUCAGUAUGUCAACUUUGUCAACUCCACGACCACUAUUGAGGCCUUGUACUACAUCAUCUAUGACGGUAUCAACCAAAGAUACCUCAUCACCGGCGAUCGCAGCAACAACCAAUUUCUCAGUACCACCAAAGUAAUCUACGACUACAAACAGAGAAAAGCUUACAGUAUUGAUGCAGAAGCACGCACCUGUACAACAUUCCCCCUCCAGGGAAAUUUCGAGGAUCAGCAGAAUGUCUGUGUUCCAAGUGGCGCUGCCCCGAUAGGUCCUUUCUUUUAUGGCUACAAUAAGGACAGGCUGAAUACACAGACGUACACCUACAACAGCACCGCCCUCGAUGGUGGGCGUCAGAGGGUCACGGUUGUCGUCUCAGAGGCUGACUGUGUACCAAUAAUCAUCAGCAGAACAACAACUGGAGGUGCAGGAGGAAACUCUCUGUACACUGUCGGGUACAACGACUUCUAUCCCGGCAUCAGGGACAUCACUGUCUUCGACAUUCCGUCAUACUGCUGAGCUCAUAC